GGCGCUCCCUCCGCUCCUCUCGCUCACGUCGGCUUCCGCCGGAAGCGGCUACCGUCCGGCGUCGUCGGGGGUCCGAGCUUGGCGGGGGUGGGUCGGCGGCUCCGGGGGCCCGAGGGCGAAGCUCGGCGUGAGCCGGGCCUGCGACAUGGACGUUCUGAAGUCGGAGAUCCUCCGGAAGCGGCAGCUGGUGGAGGACAGGAACCUGUUGGUGGAAAAUAAAAAGUAUUUCAAGCGUAGUGAACUUGCGAAAAAAGAAGAGGAAGCCUAUUUUGAAAGAUGUGGCUACAAGCCUAUAAAUGAGAAGCCAUCUGGAGAGAUACAGCCAAAAGAAGAGGACCAGAAACCAUUAACUUCUUCGAAUCCAGUGCUAGAACUUGAACUGGCAGAGGAAAAGUUACCCAUGACUCUUUCCAGGCAAGAGGUUAUCAGAAGAUUGAGAGAAAGAGGAGAACCCAUCAGACUAUUUGGAGAAACUGAUUAUGAUGCUUUUCAACGUUUAAGAAAAAUCGAGAUCCUCACACCAGAAGUUAACAAGGGGUUGAGGAAUGAUCUGAAAGCAGCUCUGGAUAAGAUUGACCAGCAGUACCUCAAUGAGCUUGUGGGGGGUCAGGAACCCGGAGAGGAAGACACACAGAAUGACUUGAAAGUUCAUGAAGAAAACACCACAAUUGAAGAGUUAGAGGCAUUGGGUGAGUCUUUAGGAAAAGGCGAUGAUCAUAAAGACAUGGACAUCAUUACGAAGUUCCUUAAGUUCCUCCUGGGUGUUUGGGCUAAAGAGUUGAAUGCCAGAGAAGAUUAUGUGAAGCGCAGUGUACAGGGCAAACUGAACAGUGCUACUCAAAAACAGACUGAAUCCUAUCUCAGACCUCUUUUCAGAAAGCUACGGAAAAGGAAUCUUCCUGCUGAUAUUAAAGAAUCCAUAACAGAUAUUAUUAAAUUCAUGUUGCAGAGAGAAUAUGUGAAGGCUAAUGAUGCUUAUCUUCAGAUGGCCAUUGGAAAUGCCCCUUGGCCCAUAGGUGUCACCAUGGUUGGUAUCCAUGCCAGAACUGGUAGAGAAAAGAUUUUUUCUAAGCAUGUUGCACAUGUUUUAAAUGAUGAAACACAGCGGAAAUAUAUUCAGGGAUUGAAGAGGUUAAUGACCAUUUGCCAGAAGCACUUUCCUACAGAUCCAUCAAAAUGUGUGGAGUACAAUGCACUGUGAUAUCUGUGUGUGGUGUCUAAGUAACAAGAAACUGCAGUGGACGUGGUACCGACUUCAGGAAUCACCAGCAAGAGCGAGGGAAGAACAGUGCAGCCUCCUGUGGUUCCGUUCUCCCCAUGCUACUCUCUCAGUUAUAAGAAAUGGUGUUGGCUCUCCUGUCACCUCUGGCUGCAAACUGAUUUUUGUGUCAUUUACUAUAAAUAGGCAAGAAAUUAAGUUCUAAAGACUUCUCCUCGAAUUUAAAUGUGUAGACAACUGUCACAGAAGGGGGUCUAACGUGACCUCUUCCCUCUAGACCUGAGAGUUGGCAGUUAGAUGAUUAAAAAGGAACAUUUAAGGAUGGACUUAAUUUUUUCUGUAAAAUAUGAUAAUUUUCACAUUGUCUUUUAUGUAGCAUUUAUAAAAAGUAUUUUUAUAUAUUUCAACAAAAAUAUGGAACCAUUUAAUGAAACUUUAUAGUCCUUAAACGUUGCUGAACUUUUGCCAUCUUGCAAUAGAAUUGGAAUGUAAAUGUUAUUACUGUUAACUCAAGUGUUGUUUUUCUUGCAUUUCAAGGCUUGCUUUUACCUUCUAAGGAGUGUAAAUUUUAGUAUCUGUCACCUCUUGGGACAGAAAGAAUUAACAGGAAAUUGAAGUUCAAAAAAGAUGGUAUGUUAUGUCAAUAGAAGUUUAAGUUAAGGAACCCCAAUGCAUCGAGGUUCAAGGUGAGAUAGUGGAUUGUCAAGCUAGCCAAGGACAGGGACGUUGUGAUGCCACUGGUUCUUCCCUGACCAGGACUGCCUGCGAGUCUCCCCGUUGCCUGGCCUGUGCUGACUGCUCCUCCAGACUCAACGCCGCUGGGCAGAGGAGCAAGGUGCCAGGACUCUGGUCACUGCCCAAGACAGUAGGUCAUGGGUCUGAGUUGGCACAGACAAGGACUUCUGAAUUGCACACAGUGUCCUCCCCAGAUACUGGUGAUGAAUUGCUGCACUCUGCAAGCUGAGAGGACUCAGUUAAUAGAGGAAGGUGGGUGAAUGGAGUGGACCUGCCCAGGUGAAGUGGGGUGUCGGACAGCAGUAAGGGGGGACUCCUGAGUCGGCACUGCCGAGCUGGAGAUUUCCACUCUCCCCCCAUGAGUGCAUGACCCUGGGUGUCACCUACCCCAUCUCAGCCUCAUUUGCCCCAUCUCCAAGUGGUCUUGAGGAACUGGAGUGUAUACCUCAGCGUGCUGUUGUGGUGUUCAAGUCAAAUAAAAUGCUUACCACACCGCCUGGCAGUUAAGAGCUCAGUGAAUAUUGAUCCUUGUGUCCUUGUUGCUAGAGUGUUGUCACAGUAGUGUUCCUGAACCCCGUGCUGAGGGGCAGUGUGUGUUCAUGUCAGGGUAACACCAACAACAGGGUGCUGGCAGCAACAGCCGUUACUAAGCAGGGACUGUUUUGUGCCGACUGCCCCACUUGCAGCCAGUUUAGAGUUGAAAAGGUGAGAGGACGUAGUAGGAGCUAGAGUCAGCUGGGUCGUAGGUGGGGGUAGCUUCACACAGAUUCACCAUCCCCUACUGUGGCCCCUUUGGGGAGGGCUUGAAAGCCUCUUGCAGUUGGUCACUUGUGUAUGGCUGUGCCGAUCGGAUCAUUUCUGCUGGGUGUUUGCACAGGGUGGCCGAAGCCCACCCUCCUGAACUGAAUCAGGCUCACUCCCUACCCGCCUUCACACUUUGGAAACCAUUUCUUUUUUUCUUUAUCCUUUUUAAUUUAUUCACAAGACACACAGAGAGAGGCAGAGACACAGGCAGAGUGAGAAGCAGGCUCCAUGCAGGGAGCCCGAUGUGGGACGCGAUCCUGGGACUCCGGGAUCACACCCUGGGCCGAAGGCAGUCGCUCAACCAUUGAGCCACCCAGGCGCCCCUGGAAACCAUUUUUUAUGAUUAAAUUAGGGCUUAGGAGAACUUACUCCAGAGCAAAUGAGAGAUAGACUUUCAUAAGACAGGAUGAUAGUCUAGACUCGAGUUAUGUAGUCUUGUGUUGGACUGGUUGAUACAUAGCGUUGAAUGAAUACUCCCCAAAUUGCUUUGUUCACAGACCGCAGCCUGGCAGUCCAUUGAUUUCGUGUCAUCUUCCAUUUGCUGUUAAAUAACGCUCCACAUAAAGAAGAAACGAUCAUGUGACACCUGUGCCUUCCAGAAUGGAUCUGUAUGGAUAGAACGUUUGGCGGGGUGGGUGGGGUGGGACGGUAACAUUCCACAGUCUGUCAAUGUCAACCAUUUGGGGCUUGGGUAAAUGGGAGCAGGUUCUUAGAAAAGUUUUCCGUUUCCCUGAAAUUAAAGGUCUUCUGGUAACUAUGAAUAUGCAUGUGGCUAAAUUGAAGAGUGACCUCUCGUGUUCUCCAAAUCAUGAAAAUUUUAGUUCAGCAGAUACUGCAUGCUUGUGUUUUUUAGUUUUAGUUCUAUUAAUGGUUUUAGCUAUUUUUAAAAUAAUAAAAGCAUCCUUUAAAAAUCA